UAAACAGGUCUAGAACUGAACUCCUACCUUCCCACCCAAACCCUAUCCGCCCCAUCUUUCCCGUCACCGUAGAGAACGCCACUAUCUUCCCUAUCUCACAAGCCCAUAACCUUGGCAUCGUCCUCGACUCGUCGUUCUCGUUCCAUCCACAUAUUCGGUCUGUCACCAAAUUCUGUCUCUUCUACCUUCGUAACAUGGCUGAAAUUCACCCUUUCCUCGCCAUCCAAGGCAGAGUGUGUAUCACCCAUCAGACUCUGCCCCAAAACUGUUGAAUUCAGACAACCCUGGGCCCAGGCCUGGAAGUCAGAAGCUGGAACUGGCUGCAAGUUGCAUACGGUGUGAGAAAAUAGGCCAGGACCCAGUCCGCCACACGUCAGAGAUGCCACACGCCUGCGCCCCACUUACCCCCGACAGCAGGAAGCGGCCUCCGCCCUCCGGAACCCCAGGCACCAGCGCAGUCGGAGCCCAUCAGGACGACCGAGAGGUGUAAGAUCGAGGCCCCCCUCCCAACCGGCGACGAGAACCCCCCAACCCAAGGCUCAUCCUCCCGGCCGGCGCCAUCGAUCAUGGCUUCUCGGCUCUGUCUGAUCCUGCUCCCCCUUCCCGCCCUCCUGGCUCUCCAGCCACCUUUCCUGCACCAGCCCCAGCCCUCCGUGGUGAGCGGCCAGGGCAACCCGCAGAUCCAGUGCCGCGUGGAGGGCGGCGUCGCCAGAAUCUACGUCCUCUCAUGGUACUACCAGAGGCCGGGGAUGGGCCCGACCUUCCUGCUGAGCCUGCGUGAGGGAGCGACCCCCACCUAUGGCACCGGGGUGUCCAACCGAUUUCUGGCUGGGCUGGACGUAGAGAAGAACACGAUGCAGCUCACCCUGGGCAACGCCGGCCCCAAAGACGUCGGCAUCUACUACUGCGCCCUGUGGCACGGCGGUCAAUAUAUCUUUGGAGCUGGGACCCAGUUCAUCUACCAGGCUAGGAAGCCACUCCCUCCCCUGAAGCCACCGCAGCUGCUCCUGCUGACCCCGACCGUGGGGUCACCUCCUCCACUGCUCUGCGUGGCUCGCGGCCACUAUCCCUCCCUCUUGCGGAUUUCCUGGACCCUAGGGGACAAAAAUCCACACAAUCAGGCCCUGGAUGGAGAAGACGUGGAGAAGCUGUCCGGGGACACAGAGAACACCGUGUUCAGUGCACUGUUUCUGCUCAAGAGGCCCAGGGGCCCCAGGGAGAUGACUGUGACAUGCACGGCGGACCAUGAGAGCAUGACCGUGGAAGUCAGAGCGAAGCUGCCAUCUGACCCAGAUCAGGGCUGCAAGGCAAGCCUGGAGCAUCUCCGGAAUGGGACUCAGGAGGGCAGCAGCGUCGUGCUGAUGGCCCGGCUGGAGUCAAUCCUGUCAGCUGCAGUUUCCAUCUACUUGGGGCUGCUGGGGGUGGCCGGGCUGUCCGCUCUGCUCCUGGUCAGCCUCCUUGGGGCCCGAGGCCACCGCUUCCGUCGCCCUGCUCAACCCACCGCUGGGCCCCCCCGACGCCAACGGAGAGGGGCCAACGAGGCCCGCCCCCGCAACGACCGCUCCCGGGCACAGCGAGGCGGCCCUCCUGCCCGCUCCUCCUAGAACCAGACCUCCUGCCCUGGCUCCCCCCGCUCCCCACAACCUUCCCCCCAUCCCCGCUCUGCAUACGAACACCUGGCCUACUCGCUCCAGCCUGCCCCCACCAGCCUACCCUCCUCUUUGAGACUCUCCCCCUGCUCCCUCGGAGCUCAAUGAACCUGAA